AAAGCCGCGCGACGACACUGAAAACAAACUUGGUCAUAACUUCGUUAGCUUCCUUCCUCUCCGUUUGCAUCCUUCAAUUCAUCAACCCGAUCAACCCCAAAACCCUAAUCGUUUGUUGCAAUCGUGAAACUGCCUCGAUAGGCUUUGGAUUCUUGAGGAACACUUGAUGGAUAACAACAAUUGGAGGCUUUCCGGAGACCAACAGAGACAACUGUAUUAUCAAUCCCAAAGAACCCUCCCGGAGAUGCCAUCAUCAUUUCUGGACUCCACUGCACAGCCGGAAAGUGGAAAUGGGGUUGAUUGGCAAGAGGAGGUUUUCCAAAAGAUCACAGCUAUAAAAGAAGCGUACUUACCAGAUGUUGUCGAAAUCUAUCGGAGAACUGCAGCCAAGGUGCAGCAAAUGGAUUCUGUUCCGCAGCAACGAGGAUCACAGCAGUUUGAGAAAUUGAAACAAUUCAAGGCAGCGGUGGAGCGAAUGAUGCAAUUCCUAUUGGUUUCAAAGAGCAAUAUCAUACCUUCAUUAAAGGAUAAUGUGGCUAUUUAUGAGAGACAGAUUAUAGAUUUGGUAAAUAUGCUUAGGCCGAGGAAUCCAGUACAACAAAGGCAGCUUCCGCAACCUCAGAUGCAGCCUAUCCAGCAACAAUCGUCUCAUGGUAUGUUUUCUUCUCAAGGUGGCCAACAGUCACAAAAUCAGCCAUCCCAGCAGCAGGUGAUGCCCCUUCAGCCACAUCAUCAGCAGUUAGGUUUGCGACAACAAUCUAAUCUGCUACAACAGAACGUGCAACAAAGGCUACAGUCUUCAGGCCAAGUCACAGGUUCCCUGCUUCCACCUCAAAAUGUAGGGGACCAACGGAUACGACUAUAUCAAUCACAAAUAACCAUCCUUCCGGAGAUUCCGUCAGUAUUUUCAGACUCCAUGGCACAGACGGAAAGUGGUUAUGGGGUUGAUUGGCAAGAAGAGAUUUUCCAAAAGAUCAAAACUUUGAAGGAUGCGUACUUACCAGAUCUUACAGAAAUCGCCCAGAAAAUGGCAGCCAAGUUGCAGCAAUAUUCACUUCCGCAUCAACAAAGAUCAGAGCAGUUUGAGAAAUUGAAACGAGUCAAGACAGUGUUGGAGCGAAUGAUACAAAUCAUAUCGGUUUCAAAGAGCAAUAUCAUGCCUGCAUUAAAGGAUAAGGUGGCUUUUUAUGAGAAGCAGAUUAUACUUUUCGUAAAUGUGUACAAGGAGAGUAAGCCAGUUCAGCAAGGGCAGCUUCCGCAAUCUCAGACGCAGCCUAUGCAGCAACAAUCAUCUCAGAACGGUAAUGUUGCCAUAAACAGAGGUGACUGGAGAGCUCUACAUCCACCAGGUUCACGCCAGAAGAAUGUCAACACGCUAUUGGAAACACUGAAGAAACAUGUUCCAUAUUCUGGGGAAGAAGGAAUCGAAGAGCUCAUGAGAAUUGCUGUCAGCUUCGAGGAGUUAAUUUUCAACACCGCAAAAAAUCAGAUGGACUACUUUUGCAAAAUAACCUUGAAGAUGCAGAGUAUAGAAGAGGGAAGCUAAGCAAGCCAAAUAAAGGGGAAGGCAAGUGCACUGUGCAUGUACAUAUUUUUGUAUAAAGAAGGAACCCUCCAAAUGAGUUAAAAGUAAAGGCUUUGGAUAAACAUGUGUCAAGUGUGAUUAUCAGUAGCAAUGGAGAAAAAUCUUUCUUU